UUUUGGGGGACCUUUGGUUGGAGUGAUAACCCAUGGUUGACAGCACCAUCUGGAUUUCUGUUAAGCGGGAGAAGAUUUUCACGGAUAAGGGAUGGUACUCUCGAUCAACUUGAACCUCGAAAAGAAGCUGAGGGGCGUUUUUCGUUUAGCGUCGCGCAGGAAUCAAAUGAAGGGCGUCGGCACCGUCACAGAACCAUGUGCAAGUGGGCGAUUAUAGUUAUCUUACUAUCUCCGAGAGAUUGGCUAGAAGGUCGGCUCGAUCCACCAUUCAAAUUAAGGCACCCGCCGCAAUGGCUACGCAAUGUGUCGUGGCGACUAGGGCCAACGGGGCAUCUCUCAGGCGCAGCAACCUCACAAGGCACGGCGAGCUGGCAACUCAAUUGCAGGCAACUACCCAACGGUAUCAACUGGGAGAUAGAAGUG